UUGUAACUCGUUCACUUUGCCCCUUUAUUCCCCCGAAAUCUGCCUAUGCUGCUCUGUUUUCUUAAUUACUAUUAUUUCAUCUCGGUUCUUCCCAAGUUCUGAAAUGGCCUGUCUACUUAAUCUGCAGGUAGGAAAUGGCGGGAAAAGGCGGGAAGGGUCUUCUUGCUGCGAAAACCACGGCCGCUAACAAGGACAAAGAUAAGGAUAAGAAAAAGCCGGUUUCCCGUUCAUCCCGUGCCGGAAUCCAGUUUCCAGUGGGUCGUAUUCAUAGGCAGCUGAAACAAAGGAUCCAAGCGAAUGGUCGUGUUGGUGCCACCGCUGCAGUUUAUUUGGCGUCAAUUCUGGAAUAUCUGACAGCAGAAGUUCUUGAGCUUGCUGGAAAUGCGAGCAAAGAUCUCAAGGUGAAGAGGAUCACGCCCAGGCACUUGCAAUUGGCUAUAAGAGGAGACGAAGAGCUAGACACUCUGAUUAAAGGGACCAUUGCUGGCGGUGGAGUUAUCCCUCAUAUCCACAAAUCCUUGAUCAACAAAACUUCCAAAGAAUGAGCACCUUGCUUCUCAUUUCACUGUUAGGUAGUAGUGGUUGCUGUGUAGGGAAACUUGACUGGUUUGAUUAGAACUGAAUGUUAGAAUGUAUAUGGUCGGUGUUUUUGGAUUUGUUUAGUUUAACUGUAUGGAGUCUGUAGGAGAUUUGGAGCGCUCUUGAAUCAUGAAUUCUUCCUUUUACUUGAACGUAAGAUAGUGGUGGCCAUUUAUUAAGGACGUAGCCUGUCCGUAGUUCAUUUAACCUUCGCAAAUCUCAAUGCGUUAGCUUCUUUCUUAGAAUUCAAGCAACGCAAGGAGGAGGGCGUCCUUCAAGAAAUUGCUGAAAUGUUUCCCGAGGUUCUGCAACGGCCUUGUCUAAAUUAA